AUGCCCAUUGUGCCCGCUCCCCAGUCUACUUUGGCCUGGCGUCCACCCAUUGCCCGGCCAGAACGGCCGCCAAAGCCCAACACCCAGUCGGAACAUUCCAUUGCACGUCAGUGCAAGGGCAACCAGCUAUACGUCAACAGGUGGGGACCAGACUGGCAACUCGAAGGCCCCUCAGAGCUGACAGGUAUCCUCGGUGCGCCCGGCAACCAACCUGCCAGUUUGCUGGCGGCCCCUGAACAACGGCGUCGUAUGGUCGAAUUAAGUCCAUUUACCGGCGUCGGAAUCUAG